UCCGCACGUGGCACCAUUCCACAACCGAUGCUCUAAAUCAUUCACCUGCUCCUCAUUUCCCUCACAAACCCCCCCUUCCUUCUCAUUUCAAUAAUAACCAUAUUUUUCAUAUCACACACAGUCAAAAACACAACAAGUUCAUUCAUUUUUCACUACUUCACUUGACUAGUCCAAUUAUCUGAUGCCAUAUCAAAACCAUGUCUGACCCUUCUACCCUCUUACCCUCCUCCCACCACCACCACAACCACCAUGUGCCACUCAUCCAAGGCGGCGCCACCGCACCCUCCUCCUCCUCCACCACCCUAGCCCGAGAAUACCGCAAGGGCAACUGGACCAUCCAAGAGACCCUCAUUCUCAUCACUGCAAAAAAGCUCGACGACGAGCGCAGGCUCAAAACCCCUGCUGCAUGUAGCACCUCCACCACCACCACCAGAACCAGCGGCGAGCUCCGGUGGAAAUGGGUGGAGAACUAUUGCUGGAGCCAUGGCUGCUUGCGAAGCCAGAACCAAUGCAACGACAAAUGGGACAACCUCCUCCGCGAUUACAAAAAGGUUCGCGACUACGAGUCCAAAUCAAACGACAACGACAACAACAACAACAAACACUUCCCUUCUUAUUGGACCCUCAACAAACAACAACGUAAGGAACAGAACCUCCCCUCCAACAUGGUCUUCGAAGUCUACCAAACCAUCGCCGAUGUCCUCCAACGAAAACAAACACAAUCCCAAAGACAACAUCAACAACCUCUGGCUAUUCCAUUAGUUACUUCCUCACCCUCACCACUUCAAACACUUCCACCACCUCCUCUACCACCACCGCCGCCUCCGCCACCUCCUCCUCCGCCAGUUAGCUCCACCACUCCGGUAGGCUCAGAGAGAUCGGAAUCAUCAGGAACUGAGCACAGUGAGGAUGAUGAUGAUGGGUCGGAAUCAAAACGUAGGAAAGUUAAGAACCUUGGUUCAAGAAUAAUGCAAAGUGCAUCGGUGUUGGCACGAGCUCUUAGGAGUUGUGAGGAGAAGAAGGAGAAACGGCACCGUGAAAUGAUUGAGCUGGAGCAAAGGAGGAUUCAGAUGGAGGAAGCUCGGAAUGAGGUUCACCGGCAAGGCAUCGCGACCCUUGUCGCCGCCGUCACCAACCUUUCCGGUGCCAUUGAGUCACUCAUUAAUAAUUCUGAACGCCAUGGCCAAAGAUAAUUAAUUAAUAUGGCACCAUAUAAUAAUAAUAAUAUAUGCUUCCUCGCCUAGCUAGCAGUUUAUUAUUAUUAUGUGAUUGAUCAGAAAAUCAUAUAAUAUCUAUCGGCCAUUCUUUCCCUCUUCAAAUUCAAUUGUUGUCUAAUAUUUUUGAGUCGGUUUUACCACCAAUUGAUUUCUCAUGAUUAUAUGUCAGCAGCUGAUAUGUGAUCGAUCCAUAUGGUAUAUGUUUCAUUAUUCUUUGGUGGAGAUCAAACCAAGCCCUAACAUUGAUUGUUUAUUGGGACACAGUUGUUCAGGUGAUUGUUAUUAUGUAUAUAAUUUAAUUCUUGUCUUA